GAUGGUGUUGAGUCGUACUUGGCCACGCAGUCGUGGGUGAACAGGAAGUACAGGAGUGGCCUAAGCACACACCCCUCAGGGGUCCCGUUUUGAGGAGCAGUGUGGCAGAUGUGUUGUUGUCAUUAUGACAGUGUUAUUUAAAAUAUGCUGAAAAAAUCAUGACAGUAAAAGAAUUCAUUACAACAAAGAUUUAAGAAACGAACCAGGACACUUCUUGGCAUUGUAUUAAUGUAGUUGUGUUAUUGUAUUGUAUCGUAUUGGAAUCACUGAUAAAAAUGUAAAUGUGUGACUCCAAAAGCAGACUGAGUGGGAGUUCUACCAGCAACAGGAGUUUCAGACCACCACCAUCACCACCCAGACAGCCAGACAUGCUCCAGGGCAUGGACAGCAUCAGAAGUUGUUUGGGGGGUUCGGAGGGGGCAGAGAGCAGGUACGAGACUCCACCAGCCUCAGAGCUCCAGAGGCUGAUGUGGACCAAACCGGUGACCAGUGACCAUAUGGAUGAGGUCCAGCCCAGGAUCUACAUAGGAGACAUGUAUGCUGCCAAAGACAAGAGGACACUCCGGACUCAUCACAUCACCCACGUCUUGAACGCAGCGGAUGGGAAGUUUAAUGUGAACACAGGUGCCAGCUACUACAGGGACACAAAAAUAUCCUACCAUGGAGUGGAGGCAUUCGACAUGCCCUCAUUUGACCUCAGUACAUUCUUCUACUCUGCGGCCAAAUUUAUCAAGACCGCCCUGAGCUCACCCACCAGUAAUGUGUUGGUCCACUGCGCGAUGGGUCUGAGUCGCUCGUCCUCUCUGGUCCUGGCCUACCUGAUGAUCGAUAAGAACCUGACCCUGGUGGAUGCCAUCAAGGCUGUGGCUGCAAACAGAAACAUCUGUCCCAACGCUGGAUUCCUGGAGCAGCUCCGAGACCUGGACAAACAACUCCACUACCAGGCUAGACGACAAUGAGAACACAUUUUUGAUGAGACAUAGAUGGAUAGUCUAAUAGUGUAGGGGACAACUGUGCAGUCACUAUACUCAUACUGUAGAUGGUUUUAUUAUUUUGUGUAAAGAUGUGUCAGAAAUAAAUCCAUUGCUAAUGUGA